GUAUAAUGCAGAGAAAGUCUAAAAAAUGUAUAUCGCAGGGCAGCCUGCUCUUGCACAUAUAGAGAUUUUCCCUCUCCUUCAUGGCGCCCACACAAGUCUUUCUGUCAGUUAAAAUUCCUCUGCAAUUGAAAUCAAACAGAGGUUUUCAUCCUAGGUUUAACCCCAACCGCUAUCUUGAACUUGAUUUUGCUCCUCUGGAAUGGCGCCUGAGUAUCAACACUUCAAAUUACCCACCAAAGAUUGGUGCUUUUUGUACUGCGACCAGGUCAAACUCUUUCCCUUCAGAAAAGAACAAUUCCAGCCAAAGUUUGGAUCUUUUUUAUGCAUUUCUCCGAAAUACAGUAGUGCUGACCGCAACGAUGAUCGCUUUAUGUAGCCGCGGUAAUAAUUUAGCAUUAGCCGGCCCCUGUAAUUAUUACUGUUUUCGGAAGAGCCCAAUAAAAGAGGAAGAAAUACUGUCUCAUUUUGAGUUGGAUACGCAUUUUAAAGACCCAGAAUUAGAUGCUCUCCUUGCUUCUGUGUUUUUGAUCUUGCUUUCAUAUGCGUACUACCUAGUCUAUGACUUAGCGCUUCCGUCUCCUCCUCCAAGCAAAAUCUACAGCGUUCAAGUAGCCAUGCGUGAAGAAGGUGGAAGAAUUCGAGGGCAACUUGAAGAAAUCGCCAUUAGACCACCUCCUCCCACUAUAAUCCUUCGUCGAGGUCGAAUCAGGUUUCGUGACACGAGUAGCUAUAGAUGGAUGGGAUUAAAACAAUUACACGGUGUAACUGAGUUUCUUCUUGCAAACCUGGAGUCUUGCAUCUAUGGUUUUGCUUCUGUGCAUUCAAAAGAGACACAUAUGCUGGAGCUUGUCUGGAAAGAGCAGAAAAGGUUUUAUGUUGAAAGGUCCAUAUUGGAUGCCUUUGAAGACGAGAUCUCAUUUCUUAAAAGACUUUUCGUUGCUUGCUUCAACUUCAUUGUUGGAAGAAAGACAUGCAUUGUUGCAGAGACCACACAACAGAAACACAACAAUGGCUAUAUAGUGGUAACAAUAUUAGUUUGUACUAAUGCCCCCCUGGAACUUUCCAUUAUGAAUAACGGCGAAGACUUGAAGAAGAACUUGCAAACCCUAAACUCCUUUACCCAACACCGUAGUGAAGUUGACGUUUUGUGGGCGCCUGAAUUGGUUAGUAGGUGGCUGACAUUGGAGGAAUUGCAAGAAAAGUGUCCCCAUUUCAUACCACUCUAAGGGGUGUUUGUACGUGACUCUUAAAGCUGCUUCUACUCCUUCACUUCUUCACUCCUAGAAGCUGGGGAAGACCAGCUUCUGAAAACUGACUCUGAUUCUGUUUCUUCUUAAAAAAAGAAGCAGAAGUAGAAUCCGUUCCAAACACCCCUAAAUAGGAAUGUAAAUGAGCUGAGUUCGAACUUUGCGAUAUUCGAACAUGAUAAAUUAAAGUGGAGAGUUCGAGCUAGAACUCAAACGACUUUUGUAAUUUUAGAUUCAGAAGUUCUUCUUGUACACAUUUUUUGUGCCUACUAUUUAGUAUUCACAAACAAAACAUGAUCACGGACAUCAUGCUAUUUAAUGAAAAAGCCUCACUGCCGUGUGUAAGAGUGUAAAAAGGGGUGUGCAAAUGAUUUUUUUCUCUCUUUUGGGU